UAUAAUGUGUGUCAACUGUCACUGGGUAUGUCUAAUUUAUUAAUAAACCAGUCAGUAUCGGAAUCUCGUUGUUUUCAUACAUAACACUGGCGACGAAGUGGAAACAAUUAGUAUUUUGAAGUAAAUUCUUUAAAAUAUAAUAAUGCCACUCGGUAAAGUGGAAAGUUUUCACGCGGGGACGGAAGAUUGGGACGCGUACGUGCGUCGAGUUAAACAAUUUAUUGUAUUGAAUAAUAUCGAAGCUAAACUCCACGUUGCCACGUUAGUCACCUUAGUCGGCGCAGAGUGUUACGCGUUAAUGUGUGAUUUGUGUUCACCUGUGCAACCGGAAGAGAAAACUUUCGACGAGUUGGUGAAGUUGGUGAAAGAUCACCUGGAACCCGAGAGAUCCGAGAUAGCUGAGAGACAUAUAUUUCGGCAAAGAAAGCAACAACAAGGCGAAGGGGUCAAAGGGUACCUACAAAGCUUGAAACAUCUCGCUAAGACGUGCAAUUUCGGAGCACAACUCGAAGUGAAUCUUCGAGAUCAGUUCGUCUCGGGACUUUUUAGCGAGGAGAUGCGUUCGCGGCUUUUUGCCGAAAAGAAUAUUGACUAUCGGCGCGCGGUGGAGAUGGCGUUGGCUCUCGAGGCGGCGGAGCGGCAUGCGAUGACGGCGUGCGCGACGGCUGCGACGAGCGGGCUCGCAUCUGUGACCGGCGCCGGGGACGACGACGGCCUGCAUCGGGUAGGCGCGGCGCGAGGCCAGCGCGCACCGGGCGGCGGCGGCCCCAGGGCCGGCAGCAGUGCGGGGGCCCGAGGCCUCUGCGGUCGGUGCGCAAAGGGGCCUCAUCCAGAAGGGAGAUGCAAAUAUAGGUUCUACAAUUGUGAUCUGUGUGGGGACCGAGGUCAUUUGAAGGUCAGAUGCCCCCAGAAGGGCAAAAGUGAAGUGAGUGUAGUGAGUGGUGGUUCGAGACAGAAAGGUCAGAUCUAUUUUAAUAAUUCCGAUUCUAAUAGUGACGACGAUAGACAUUUUAAUAAUAUUAUUAGCGGCGGAGACGGUGGCCCCUAUCAUGCGAUUUUGAAUAUCGAUAACGCGAGUCACAAAUUUGAAAUAGACACCGGAAGUAAAAUUUCAGCCAUAUCUAAGCAAUAUUAUAAUAGGAAUUUUUCCAAAUUUCCUAUACAAAACAAGAAUUUAAUUCUAAAGUCUUAUAUCGGUGACGUCAUAGAAACGAUCGGUUAUAUUUUAGUCGAUGUAACUUGUGGGUCUACAUCGGCAAAAUUAAAAUUGUAUAUAAUUGAAAAUGGGGGCCCUCCUCUCAUGGGCAGAGUAUGGAUAAAAGAAUUAAAAUUAACUGUUAUUCAAUGUUAUAACAUGUCCAGUAACGAGUCUAUCGCUGUUAAUUUAAAAAAGGAGUUUCCCGAAGUGUUCGCGGGAGGCCUGGGCACUUUUAAGUCGCGAUUGCGUUUACAUUUAAAGGACGACACGCCCGUGUUCGUGAAGGCCCGCCAGCUACCGCUUGCGCUUCGAGAACCGGUGGAGCGCGAGCUCGAACGUUUGCAGCGGGAAGGGGUUAUUUACAAAGUUGACAGAUCGGACUAUGGGACACCCAUAGUGCCUGUUGUUAAAUCUAACGGUUCGAUUCGCAUUUGUGGCGAUUAUAAAAUCACCAUAAAUCCACGUCUUAAAGACUUCCACUACCCGCUGCCACGGAUCGAGGAUCUGUUCGCCACACUAGGUGGGGGCGAGCAAUACACGAAGCUCGAUUUAUCUAAUGCGUUUCAGCAAUGUGUUCUAGAAGAAGACUCACAGCCGAUGACGGCCAUCACGACUCACAUAGGUACUUUUGUUUAUAAGCGCGUUCCGUUUGGAAUUAAAUGUAUUCCGGAGAACUUCCAAAAGAUUAUGGAAGAAACAUUGAGUGGAUUGCCCUCGACGGCUGUGUUCGCUGAUGAUAUUUGUGUUACGGGUAAAGACAAAGGUACACAUUUAAGAAAUUUAAGGGCAGUGCUACACCGUUUGAAUGAAAAUGGUUUAAGAAUCAAUUGGUCUAAAUGUCAAUUUUUUAAAGACAGUGUUACAUACUUAGGCUAUAAAAUUGAUAAAUUCGGUUUGCACACUGAUGAUAAAAAAAUCGAAGCUAUAGUCGCUGCACCCCCACCUACGAACGUAACACAGUUAAGAAGCUUUAUGGGCCUGGUUAAUUUUUACUCAAAGUUUUGUUCGAACAUGAGUGAUAUUUUAAAACCCAUGUAUACUCUUCUUAAGAAAAAUGUCAAGUGGAAUUGGGACAAAAAGUGCACGAACGCCUUUCAUAAAAUUAAAAAGGUACUGAGUAGCUCUCCGGUGCUGGCGCAUUACGACGCGAGCCUUCCUCUCAUACUAGCGGUGGAUAGCAGUCCUUACGGCUUGGGAGCGGUGUUGUUGCAGCGGCACGCGGACGGUGUGGAGCGGCCGGUGAGCUGCGCGUCGCGGACGCUCACGAGCGCGGAGUGCAACUACUCACAAAUAGACAAAGAGGCGCUCGCUAUUGUGUUCGGGGUGACGAAACACCACCAAUAUUUAUACGGGCGGCAUUUUAUUCUCCGUAGUGAUCACCGCGCUCUCAGUUACAUAUUUGGGAAAAAACGGGGUAUUCCUUUGACCGCGGCGAGCCGUCUACAAAGAUACGCGGUUAAAUUAGGUGCGUAUGAUUUUGAAAUUGAAUUUGUAAGAUCUAUGGAAAACUGUCAGGCCGACGCACUCUCUCGGCUUCCCCUGCACUCGGCCGAUAGUCGAGUCAGGAGUGAGAACGAAAAAGGUAGCUAUCUUAAUUUCAUUCGAGACGAUUUUCCGCUUAAUUUUAAAGAAAUUAAAACGGAGAUCCCGAAGGACCCAAUAUUGAGUAAAGUGUACGGUUACGUUAGGUUCGGUUGGCCGAACAAAGCGAUAUCAGAGUCCGAAAAACCUUAUUUUAAUAGAAAGGAUAAUAUACAUAUAGAUCAAGGUUGUUUAAUUUGGGGUUAUAGGAUGAUAAUUCCUAAAAUACUGCGAGAGAGAGUUUUGAAAGAAAUACACGAUGGGCAUCCCGGUAUCGUCAAAAUGAAGCAGAUCGCACGUAAUUAUGUAUACUGGGAGGGUUUGGACGCAGACAUCGAGCGUGUGUCGGCGCAGUGCGCAGCGUGCGUGUCGCAACGCCCCGCGCCGCCCGCCGCGCCGCUGCACUCGUGGCCCUGGCCCGCGGAGCCAUGGUCACGCUUGAACCUCGAUUUCCUAGGGCCGUUCAACAACGCGUAUUACUUAAUUAUCAUAGAUGCCCAUACAAAAUGGAUAGAAGUUGAAAAAUUAACAUCGAUCUCGGCAACCGUCGUUAUAAGUCGUUUGAGACAACUAUUCGCUAAAUUUGGACUCCCGAAAAUGGUCCAGAGUGACAAUGGACCGCCUUAUAACUCGGAGGAAUUCGGGCAGUAUCUUAAACGGAACGGUAUUAAGCAUACUCGCAUAGCUCCAUAUCACCCGUCCAGCAACGGUGCUGCCGAAAACGCCGUUCGUACUAUAAAACGGGUUCUAAAGAAAGCAUUAAUCGAAAAUGUAGACGAUAUAACGGCGCUCAGUAGAUUUCUUUUCACGUAUCGCAACACAGAGCACAGCACCACUGGUCGCGAGCCGGCGGUGGCCAUGUUCGGGCGGCGCCUGCGCGGGCGCCUCGACCUGCUGCGGCCCGACGCCGCCGAGCGGGUGAGCGCCGCGCAGCAGGCGGCCGAGCGCCGCGCCGCGCCGCCGCACACGCUGCGCGAGGCACAGCCCGGCGACGCCGUGUGGAUACGCGAUUACGCUAAGAAUAGUGCUAAAUGGGCGGAGGGUGAAGUACUAGAACGAAAGAGUCCGGUGACGUAUGUGGUUAAAGCUAGGGACGGUCGGGUACAGAAGCGCCACAUAGAUCAAAUACUAACAGACAAACGCAAGUCUCGUCAUUCUUUGGCCUUAGUGUCUCCGACGUCGGACGAUUCCCCAAACCCAAACGCUCGUGAUUUAUCGGAGAACGAAAAUUCGAAAGACAGUUCGGUUAACGUUGAAGAAGGUUCAAUAUCCGGUCAUGUUGACGAUUUAAAUAAAGAAGAUGCUAAUUCGAUCGAAGUAGAACAAGAGGGCAUGCGCCAGCGUCGGGCAGCUGCAUUAGAAUGUGUUAAAAAGAUAAAACAGUAUUAA